AUGGCGGGGCUUUGCCCUCCCCCAGAGGAGAGAGAAGGAGCCCCCAGCCUGGGAGCCCGGAGGCAGCUGGGGGAGGAGGUUGCAGUCACAGGAAGGGGGAGGGGCUUGUCCAGGCCUUUUCCCGGGUACCGUACAGGUCAGCUAGAACACACCAAGGGGAGAAGCAGCCCAGCCGACGUGAGCCUGGUCAAGGGGCAGCAAGGCACACAAACAGGUUGUCUCCCCACCUCGGGGCUCCGCCCCCUGAAGGACCCCAGCGUGGCCCCAGCAGAGAGCCCACAGCCAGAGGGAAUGGCGCCCGGGACCCCGAGGCCCCCCUCCCAGGGGUCAAUGGCAUUUAAGGAUGUGGCUGUGGACUUCAGUCUGGAAGAGUGGUGCCUAUUGGACCAUUCUCAGAAAGUGCUGUACUUGGAGGUCAUGCUGGAGAAUGUGCAGAAUCUACUCUCUGUGGGGCUUCCAGUUCCUAGAGAAAAUUUUAUCUCCUGUUUUCAACAAGGGAAAGCACUAUGUCUGGAAGAGCAAAAAGAUCCCAGGAGCUCCAGUCCAGUGGUAGAUUUUGAAGCGAAGGAGAUGUCUACUGAGCUGAGCCUUUUUGUGGAAGGAUCUGACCCCCAAAGAUGCAUGAAUGAGGGUCCCCAUGACUUCAUUUUGAGAGAAAUUGGUGACUCUACUAUCAAGGGAGAGAAACCUUAUGAAUGUAAACAGUGUGGAAAAACUUUCAUACGGAGGAGCUAUCUUGUUGCACAUCAGAGAAUCCACACUGGAGAGAAACCUUAUGAAUGUAAACAGUGUGGAAAGGCUUUCACAGUGAGGACCAAUCUUGCCAGACAUCAGAGAAUCCACACUGGAGAGAAACCUUAUGAAUGUAAACACUGUGGAAAAGCUUUCACAUGGAAGGUCUCUCUUGCGAAACAUCAGAGAAUCCACAGUGGAGAGAAACCUUAUGAAUGUAAACACUGUGGAAAGGCUUUUUCAGAGAGGGGUCAUCUUGCUAAGCAUCAGAAAAUCCACACUGGAGGGAAGCCUUAUGAAUGUAAACAGUGUGGAAAGACUUUCAUACGGAGGAGCCAUCUCACUACACAUCAGAACAUCCACACUAGAGAUAAACCUUAUGAAUGUAAACAGUGUGGAAAGGCUUUCACACAGAAGGGCCAUCUUGCUGCACAUCAGAGAAUCCACACUGGAGAGAAACCUUAUGAAUGUAAACAGUGUGGGAAAACCUUCACAGUGAGGAGCAAUCUUGCCAGACAUCAAAGCAUCCACACAGGAGAGAAACCUUAUGAAUGUAAACACUGUGGAAAGGCUUUCACAUGGAAGGUCUCUCUUGCUGUACAUCAGAGCAUCCACAGUGGAGAGAAACCUUAUGAAUGUAAACAGUGUGGAAAGGCUUUUACACGUAAGGACUCUCUUGCUAAACAUCAAAUGAUCCACACUGGAGAGAAACCUUAUGAAUGUAAACAGUGUGGAAAGGUUUUCAUACGGAUGAGCUAUCUUGUUGCACAUCAGAGAAUCCACACUGGAGAGAAACCUUAUGAAUGUAAACACUGUGGAAAGGCUUUCACAUGGAAGGGGUCUCUUGCUGUACAUCAGAGCAUCCACACUGGAGAGAAACCUUAUGAAUGUAAAAACUGUGGAAAGGCUUUUACAUGGAAGGGGUCUCUUGCUGCACAUCAGAGUAUCCACACUGGAGAGAAACCUUAUGAAUGUAAACACUGUGGAAAAGCUUUUACACGUAGGGACUCUCUUGUUAAACAUCAGAGAAUCCACACUGGAGAGAAGCCUUAUGAAUGUAAGAACUGUUGAAACUUUUUCAGAGAAGUGCCAUCUUGUUGCACAUCAGAGCA